AUUGGCCGUCCUGGCCGGAAUCCUCUUGAAUGGUUUCAAAUCCGAGUGGGUGGACAAGGAGGACGGAGACGAAGGGGGGUCUGCUUUUAAUCAGUAUCUGCUGUGUUGAAAGGUUUGAAUUCUCCGCACAGACACCGCCUCGAUAUCCAAGUAGUGUUGAAGGUAAAACGUGUUCGAGGGGAUAUCGUGAGUAAAAGUUGGCUGAUAGGUAGCUAUGUUCGUUAUUUUCACCUAAAACAAGAUUUGAGCAACAUUAAAAAUUUACUGUGUUUUAUGGUUUUCGUCAUUCGAAUAGAGCGAUGUCCAGUAUAGACGGCGCCUACUGCCCCGGGACGCGGUGUGUUGUGCCGACAGGACCCGCGUCCUGGGACCAGAACCUGGUUGGAAGUCAUUGGUAGGCUAAUCCACUGGUUUCGUUGAUGACGGGAUUUGAGUAUAAGCAGUUAUUUCCGAGAUUCAUGAAGCCAUUUAGUUCUUGCGGGGGGUGCUAGAGCGUCACAUUAAUAUUUAGGUGUUUUAGACAUUGUGUUCAAGUUUGGACAGAAUUCCGUUUAAAUGAGUUUUGAGAAUUAAUUUCAAGUCGUCAUUUAAGCGAACCGAGACUUAGAUAGUCAUGGCUAAAAAUCCGUCCGAGUUGCCAAAGGAUGACCUGAGCCAGCUGACGGACGAGGAGCUGCUGCUGUGCAGCAAAGAGGAGCUGGUCCGGAGUUUAAGGAGGGUUGACAGCGAGAAAAUGAACUUGAUGAUCGAGCAUGGGAACAUGAUGAAAGACAUCAACCGGCGCCUGCAGGUGCACCUGCACGAAAUCCGGAGCCUGAAGGAGAUCAACCAGAAGCUGCAGGACGACAACCACGAGCUCCGGGAGCUUUGCUGCUUCCUGGACGAUGACCGACAGAAGGGCAAGAAACUGUCCCGAGAGUGGCAGCGCUUUGGCCGGUACACUGCCAGUGCCAUGUGGAAGGAGGUGGGCACGUACAUGAUGAAGCUGAAGGAGCUGGAGGCCAACCAGGAGACAGUGUUGAAGGAGAACUCUGAGCUGAAGGAGAUCAUCCUUAUGCUGGAUGAGGAGAGGAACGGACCAGGGUCCAGGAGCUCCAUAGACAGUCAGUCCAGUUUGACUAAUCUGAAUGGCAGGACCGGAACGGUUAGGGAUGUUGGGGACGGGAGCAGCACCUCCAGCACAGGGAGUGCUGGUAGCCCCGAUCAUCACAAUCACAACCACAUACACAAGCCCACCUCAGAGAACAGUAAGAUGGGUCCCACCAUGAGGAGGUCCAUGGAUGACCUGUCGGCACCGCACCAUCACAGGAGCAUUCCCAAUGGACUUAAUGAUUCCUCCUCCAACUACAUCAGGCAGCUGGAAACGAAAGUGCAGAUCCUGGAGGAUGACAACAAUAAACUCCUUUCACAGGCUUAUAGCCGGUAUAGCUUAUCACAAAUACAGAAGAAAAAGUGUAACCUAGGUGACCUUCGUGUCCUGAGGAAGGGAAUGACCCUGUACCACUCAGAGUCCCAGCUGUCCUCACUGCCCCAACGCCAGGACACCAUGCACCUGGGUACAGGCCGUCUCUCCAGUGGCCCCUCCCCUGCCACAGGCUACCUGUCCUGCGUCCAGAAGCCUGAGGCCGUGGUGCAUGCCAUGAAGGUGCUGGAGGUCCACGAGAACUUGGACAAGCAGGUUCCUGAGGACUAUGAGGAUGAUCUCAGUGAGAAAGAGAAGGCCAUCGUGCGGGAAAUGUGCAACGUGGUGUGGAGAAAGCUGGGUGACGCAGCAGGAUCAAAGCUGUCCGUCAGACAGCACCUCUCUGGAAACCAGUUCAAAGGGCCGCUGUAGCGUGGCAACCAGUGAAAGACAGAGAGAGAGAAAGAUCAGGAUCUUGCCGUACCUACACUCACCUGGAAACACCUUUACUACCUGCGCCUACACAACCCAUCAUGCCAGGCUCCCUACUGCCUGCAGCAGCCAGUAUUCCUUCAAUAGACACUGUCUUAAGACUGGCUAAGGUAGCUACAAAAUGGACCCGUUAGUUUGUUUUUCAGAUGUACAACUUUACGUGUGCAGAAUGGUUUCAUUUCUCAGAGCUUAUGUCAACAACUGGCAGCUAGUUUCACUGAUUCUCCACUUUUCUUCAUUGAUUUGGAGGUUUUGGUUACACAUUGAUCUCUCUCUGUAAACAGCUGCGCACGCACGCACACACACACACACACACACACCACUUUUAGAUUUUAGUCCUUUGUAGAGCAGUGCUACAUUAAGCCAGCGACAUGACAUGGUUUCAAGCACAGGAGCGACAAGGCUGCAGGGGCAGGAAUCUCUUCACGUGUUGCUGUGAUGUGAUGGCAACAGUGUGGCAGUAUCUUCAGAUAAGUUUUGACAGUACCUCCAAUAGACACCCCAGCUCCUGUCACAUGUAUCACACCCUAGUGGUCAACAAGUAUAACUAGCAUUAGCAUUCUAAAGUGAUAGUGAAACCCACUGUGACCUAGCGCCUUUUGCUCAUAAGACAAGUCUAGAGAUCACUGUUAACAUGUGUAUAUUAUGUAUAAACCAUAGCACUACUUCAUUUUUAUUGUUGAUUUUACCUUUAUCUAUUUUGUAUUCUAGCGUGGCCAUGUGAUCAGUUAUUUAGUUUGAGAAGUACACACAACCGGACCUUAAACAGGGUUUGCUUUUGGUCAUAAACUUAACUAGUUUUAUGAUUGUUUGUUUGUUUUUUCAUUCUUUUCUAGAAGAAUUGCUUCUCUGUAACCUCUGAAAAUAUAUCAAGGCCAUUUUGAAUCAGAUCAUCUCAAUAAGAUGAAAUUAACAAAAGCUGUAUGCUGUGUGCAUGCUUGACAAUCAUUUUCUCAGGUUGGGAGGGCUACAGCUUUACCUCUGCCCGUCUGCGACUGCGAGUGUGUGCCAGCGUGCAUGUGUGAGACUGAAUGGUUCUCUUGCAGCUGUAGCAUCUUCCUGUAAAUCCUCUUUUUCUCUACCGAACCCUGGUUACAACACGGUUGAAGACUGCUGAAGACACUUGCUAAAUCCAUACAAAAAUUGUCGUCCCAUUAACAGUAAGAAGAUUUUAACCCUAAAUUCAGUUUGGAUUGUUUUUGAUAAAUCACUUUAUAUCUAAGUGUAUGAGAAAUGUCAGACCUUUUCUUUUUGAUGUGGAUUUAGCAGGUGCAUUUAUGCAGUGCAUGUUUCUUUAAGUUGUUUUUUUUUUUCUUAGAAUAUGAGAUGUCUUCCCUUAGAUGUCUCCUGAAACUAACAUUUAAAAUGAGUAUUCUUGAUGUCAGAAUGAACAAACAUUGUUUGUCAAAGUAUUUAUUGCCAUGUGUCAGAGGUGGGAGUGCUGUCAGUAACUGAGCAGUGCUAAUUUAUUUGGAUCAGUUUAGUGACUGGCCACUCAGGCUCUCCCAUCUCUGGUGUUCUUUGUUCCAAAUUAGAACAUUUCUGAGGCUGCUUGCCAUGCACCUCUGUUCUCUCAAAUAAUGGCUCAAAAAAUUAAUCAAAGUAUGAUUUUUGAAAAGUGUCCUUUUUUUCUAGGAACUAUUUUGAAGCCAUGAUAUAAUUUUGAAUACUUUAUACAUGGCAUUUAGUUUGAGAUGUGCCACAUUUUGUUCUGCAUGGUGGUUUUGGUUUGGAACCCUGUCUUUUUUUUUUAACAUCUAUAGUGUUUCUUUUUUCUGCCUAUAUAUUAAAACCAUAGAACAGAAUCCUAGAAUCUUCAGCCUACAUGUCAAUUCCUGUAGUAAUUUAGUUUGGCUGUAUCUUCCUUUCAUGGAAUUCACUGAUAAUAUUUGGCAGGUGAAAAGAAAACAUGUAAGAGGCCACUUUUAGGUGGAAAAAAUGGGAGUAAAUAAAGUUUGUUAAUGACCCUGUAA